CAACUUCCCCUCCGUACUAUGCGCACUGUCUUCGACCUCUUGAAUAUUUACUACAACUCCUCCAACCAGCCGUCGCGUCUCACAGACAUCAAUCACAAUGUGCCAUCUGGCGGUCCGAUCAUCAACAUAGGUGUUGCGAUCUUCCCGUCACUUGACCGUUGCGCCCUCUUAACUCUCGACUCCACCGCUAUCGAUACCAACCCAGAGUGACAGCACAUUCAAAGGUCGAUCUUCGACAUCCUUCAUUUUUCCUCUUCCUCAGGUCGUGCGCAGCUGUAAACAGACUUCUCCGACCCGGGUUUUCUUACUCACUAUGGCGGAUACGGAAGACGCAGCGCAGGAUUCCCAGUUACCUUCAACUCCUGCGCCCGCCCGCAGUCGUUCAGCAGACAGCAUGAACAAGUCGGCCGCGUACGCUUCACCCCCACCAAUGUCAGCAAGCAUGACCCCUCCUCCGUCGACGCAGCCGCCUCGAUUCCAUUCACCCGUCAAUCGCAUGAGCGCUGGUCCUGCCGAUGGAUUACUUGCGUCGCCGCCUAGCACUGUCAAAACUAAUGCCCUACGUGCAUUGCCUACCCCAGACGCAAUUGCCAAAGCCGACAUUCAAGAACUGCGAGACAUGGCGAAAGAAUUGGUCGCAGCCGUUCAAGAUGCCAGGACAUCCGCGGCGCAUUUCAAGCUGCAGCACAGUUUGUUGAGCAUGGAGUCAGACGAGGCUGCCCAAAGAGCCGAAGUCGAGCGUCAGAUGAUUCGACGCGAGAUCGAAGUCCUUCAAACAGUUGAACACAAGAACCGCACGUCGUUCUCAAUGCGCAGCUCACAGCCACUUCCACAGCCACAGAUCGAAGCAUUGACAAGAACGUGCAGGAUGUUGGAGGAUGAGCGAGACGAAGCGGAGCACGAACUCUUGCGAGUCAAGAAAGUCCUCGACGCGGAAAAAGACAAGGUUGAAUUACUGCUGGAGCAAAAUGAGCGCCUCAAGAAACGCAUUCGCGACAACAGAGAACACUUCAGCCGACUCAAAAGCUUGUCUCCAUCAUACACAACACCACGCGAUGCUUAUACGACACCACAACGCAAAGCGGUACCAAGAUUCGCAGAGUCCGCACCAAGUCACGGAAAUAUAGCUGCACUUCUAGCAGCGGAUCAGGUUUUGAGCCGUGAAAGUCUCAGUGUACCAUCCACUCCCACGAAAACCCAUGCGUCGAAGCUGAAACAGGGCCAUACUCGAGGUGCUCAUUCAAUGUCCUCUUUGCACACCACACCUGCCCAACACCGUCCCACGACUAGUGAUGGUUAUCCGGAGUCCAUGGUCCCAUUCUCGGCUCCCGCUUCUCAACUGGUGAUUGAAUCUGCAGAAAGAGAACGACAUGAUCGAGACAGCACUAUUUCAAUCUCGGAUGCUGAAGAAGGUAGCGCGGAUGAUGUUCCGCAGUCCCAGGCUAGCUCGCUCGCUAGCGAUAUGCUGCGUCGCAAUCCUGGAAACCAGGAAAGCUUGCGACUAUCUCAAGGUGCCGAGCGGUCAAGCAACCUUCUUCAGAGCAAACUUUUUGGUCCCGUCAAGAAGUCUGCUCAUGGUAAGAAGCGCAGAGGCAGUUUUGGCGAGACAGAUGUCAAAGUGAAGAAAGCAAAAAUAUCUCAGGGCGUUGGACUGGGUAUUGAAUCUUGGAGCCAAUGAUUGAGGCUAUCAGUGCCAGCUUGGGCGUUUUUGUAUGUGAUAUUCAGGAUACCCACUCAAUCCCAUUGUUGUAAUGGAUGAAAUACUCGAUGUACCAAGUACAGUAGCUUAAGCUCAAUCUCAUGAAUCAAGAAAUCGU